AUGUGGGUGAUAGUAGACCGAUUGACUAAAUCAGCUCAUUUUCUACCCAUUCGAGCUACUGAUACCGUAAAGGAAUGUAAGAUUUACAUCAGAGACAUAGUUAAGCUCCAUGGAGUGCUGACCGAUGGCCAGUCCGAGAAGGUCAUUCAGGUGUUGGAGGAUAUGCUUCGUGCUUGUGCGUUAGAUUUUUGGGGCAGUUGGGAGGAUCACAUUCCACCGGUUGAGUUUGCUUAUAAUAACAAUUAUCAGGCUAGUAUCGAUAUGGCACUGUAUAAGGCACUUUAUGGUAAACCUUGUCGUUCACUUGUAUGUUGGGCCAAGGGGGUUACGAGAUUUGGUAGGAAGAAAGGGAAGCUAGCUCCUCGAUUCAUUGGACCUUUUGAGAUCACAGAGAGGAUUGGGGAAGUGGCGUAUAAAUUGGCUUUACCACCUAAACUCUCUGCUGUUCAUGAUGUUUUCCAUGUCUCCAUGUUGAGGAGGUGCUUGAGGGAUAAAACUCAGGCUGUUGACUGCACAGAGGUUCAGUUGCGCUCUAAUAUAACCUAUGUUAAGACGCCUAUUCGCGUUGUUGACCGCAUGGUGAAACAGUUAAGGAGGGCAGAGAUACCUCUAGUGAAGGUGCAGUGGAAUCAUCAGGAUGAGAGAGAGGCUACGUGGGAGAUAGAGUCUGAAAUGAAGGAAAAGUACCCACAUCUCUUCGAAUAA